GCUUACUAACGGGACACUCAUAAGCACAGCUUAUUGCGGACAAAGAGACAGCCCACUGCAGCACGAAUUGCCGUAUCUGGAACCGUCUGUUGACGUGCCAUUGGUAGUGCGACGAAGUGGAACGCGCGUUUCAUUCUUACUAACUGUCUGCUCUGGAGUUUUUUUUCCCCUACUGCUAAUUGCAGCGUGAGGUGUGCUAGACAGCCGCUUCAGCGCGCAUUCGAUGAUCUUCUAGGAAACGAAUGCGGAGGUGGUGUUUACGGUCGCGACAGCGGGCAGGUCUUGCCGGUGCAGCGAACGCUUUGACUGCCUGCACAUUGCUGUACAGCACACGCGGUAAAGUGAAGGUGCACGUCAAGACGCGAGAUGGCAUGUGCCAAGAUAUCGAUGCACCUGUCGGCAUCACCUUAAUGGAGGCGUUGCGCGAUGUCGCAAAGCUUGAUGUGGCCGGUAGUUGCAAUGGAAACGUGGAAUGUGGCACCUGUCACGUCCACCUUUCGGAGGCAUCCUUUGAAAAAACUCCGGCACCUUCGGAGAGAGAAGUGGACCUUUUGGCGAAGGCGCUGGAGGUCCUCGAAACGUCGCGACUGUCGUGCCAAGUCGUUGUGUCAGAGAAGCUUGAUGGCUUGGAAGUGGAGUUGCCGACCUAUUGA